AUGCCACAGGGACAAACAAGGCACCUUCACAGACUGCCAGGUCCCAGCCCCAUCGCCAUGUCGUUUCUAAUGCCCACCCUGCUUCUGCUGGUGCUGCCGGAUCUCGGAUCUACAGAAUUCAACAUCUCCAGUCUGUCUGGCCUGCUAUCCCCAGCCUUGGCAGAGAGCCUUCUUGUCGCCUUACCCCCCUGCCAUCUCACCGGGGGUAAAGCCAGUCUGACUGUCAGGAGAGUCAAUGAAAGCACAGGAAUGACACACAACUUUACAGUACCCCCCUGCCGAGGGCGAAGGGACCUGGUUAGUGUGGUAUACAACAGUGGAAGCUUCUCCAUCACCCGACUCAACGCCUACCAAGUCACCAACCUGAUACCCGGCACCAAAUACUUUGUCUACUAUUCUGUGGAGAAAGGGAAUGCUGUAGAGUCCAGUAACAAAGUCCAGAUGGCCACGUUGCCUCGCCGAAAAGUGGAGACCCUGGGGCUGGGCAUGGCCCGAACCGGGGGCAUGAUCGUCAUCACAGUGCUGCUCUCGGUCGCCAUGUUCCUGCUGGUCGUGGGUCUGAUCGUUGCUCUGGCCCUUGGUGUCCACAAAUGAGACCCUCGAGUAAGACGAGUACUGUGGAGGUGGAGAUGGAGCAGCACUCACUCCUUGUGGAUUUGGGGUUAUCCUUUCAGCUGACAGACCUUUCUCAUUCCCCCACACAAACACACACACACACCCCACCCUCUCUUCACCUCGUUCCCUCAUACCUACUUUUCUCCCUUGGGUCUCUCUUUCCCUCCCGAUUAGCUCUCCUUCAGUCAGGCCAAAAGUAUGCCAAGCACUGAGCUAAAGGGUGGGGAGAUGGAAACUAGAUAAAUUCUGAGGAGUUUACAAGCUAUGAAAAUGCCCUCCCCUAUCCUGAGAUCCUUCCCAAUCUUCUAAUAGAAUAUUAGAAUUGUGAAGGAAAUGAAGUCAUCUAAUCUGACCCAAACCAUCGAGUCCUCCCUUGUAGCCCCUCCUGGCUCCCUCCCAGGCUGGGCCUUGGUGCCCCCUCCUCCUCUGGCCCCUCGCUCAUCCCCUCUCCCCAACAGCUCCCUUCCUAGAUCAGUGCCACCCGUCCUCCUCUCUCCGCAGCUGAUUUCCUAUAAUAAAGUAUAGA